AUGCCGGAACACUGGUCACCUUACGCUGCAGAGCUGAUUGAAACAGCGAAAAAAAUCGUAACGCCCGGGAAAGGCAUCCUGGCUGCCGACGAAAGCACUGGCACCAUUGGGAAACGCUUCAGCAGCAUCCAGGUGGAGAACAACGAAGCGAACCGGACUGCGUAUCGAGAGCUUCUCUUCAGCACUCCAGGUAUUGAGGAGUUCAUCAGUGGUGUCAUCACAUUCGAGGAAACUCUUUUCGCGAAAACGACCGACGGGAAGAAACAGCUCUGUGACCUACUGCGAGAGAAAGGGAUCAUCGUUGGCAUCAAAACCGACAAGGGCACCACGCCGCUACCAGGAACCGACGGCGAGACCGCAACACUUGGCCUUGAUGGUCUGUUGGAGCGGUCUAAGAAAUAUUACGAGGCGGGUGCGAGGUUCGCCAAGUGGCGUGCGGUCUUGAAGAUCGAUCCCGCCACAGGUUGCCCGUCACAGCAGGCGAUCACGGAGAAUGCGCACACGCUUGCACGCUACGGUGCUAUUUCACAGAUGGCAGGUCUGGUGCCGAUCAUCGAGCCCGAAGUCCUCAUGGAUGGGUCGCAUACGAUCGAGCAGGCGGCGGCCGCACAGGAGCGGGUGCUGGCAGCAGUCUACAAAGCCAUCCAAGACCAGAAUCUGCUUCUGGAGGGAACGCUCCUAAAGCCAGCCAUGACGACGCCAGGAGCAGAGCACAAACCCGCAGCGACACCCGCUGAGAUCGCCUUUUACACGGUACGUACGCUAUCGCGCACGGUACCUCCGGCGGUGCCAGGAAUCGUGUUUCUAUCCGGCGGCCAGAGUGAAAUCGAAGCAACGCAAAACCUCGCCGCCAUCAACAAUGUGAAGAACGUCUCGAGACCAUGGGCGCUGAGCUUCAGCUACGGACGCGCGUUGCAGCAGUCCUGCCUCAAGGCCUGGAGUGGCAAUCCGGCGAAUGUGGCGGCAGCACAGGAGGCGUUUCUGAAACGUUGUCGAGCGAACGGCCAGGCGCAACUCGGGAAACUCGUGGACGCCGACGGUGCCAGCCAGGAAUCGCUGUAUGUGAAGGACUACAAGUACUGA